AUGUCUAUAGAUGUCGCUCUACAGUCGGUAGCAUUCUAUGUACUAUCAUGUAGUACUUGCGCCAAGAUUAGCCAUAGAAGGAAAGCCAAAGCACAAGCCAAACGAGAACGAGUCGAGAAACAUGCAUUGGAAACUGAACAACCAGGUCUAUAUAGGCAUCCUUCGCCAUUCUCUACGAAUCCAUAUUGGACUGAAGAGAUUAUGAUGGGGCCCGGUCCCCCGAAUAAAAAGGGCGACAAAAAGGAUAAGAAUGGAAGUCAGAGAGGGCUUAAUACAGCAGGGCAAGGCAGUAGUUAUGCGAGUAGUGCUGGAAUGAGUACGGAUACUGGGAGCAGUCCUACAGUGGUUGAAGAAGGAUCCCGUAUAUCUGGUGAAGGAUGGAAUAAGAAACGAUAUCAACGAGAAGAUGAGGAACUUUGGGGUCGAGAUACACAUGGGCCUGGACAAAGGAUUAUGGAUGCCAUCACAAGAGCCUCGGAAUCUGCUGGACGAAUGUUUGGAGUGGAUGGGAGACCUAGUGGUAGAAAUGGAUCUGAUGGAAACCCGGAGACGUAUUAUCUUGCGAGAAAUCCACCAGUCAAUGACUUACAUCCACCAAUUGUCAGUACGGCACCGAGGAAUCGAGAAGAAACAAGAUGGAUGAUACAACCACCUCCAUCAGCAAAAGUAAUGGAGGGUAAAGAAAGGGUGAGUAGCAGGAAUCGAGCCGGUAGUCAUGGGAGCAGUCGAAGAGGAACCGAAGGUCAACCUUUAGGUCGAAUUGUUACCGAAAAACUCAUAGAUGCCAAAGUACAACGUGGUGAAACACCUUCACAAUUGGAAAUUCGAUCAUUCACCAAUCGUGGUCAACGUCACGACAGGAAUCAAAGCUCAUCCACCGAAUCUUCUAGUUCAGAUGAUUACACCACCAAGAGAUCUCGAAAACCAUCUCCAAUCACUGUACCCAAAGGCACCAAUAGCAAACCCCGUGGUAAAGCCGAACAUAUUCCAAUACGCGACUCGGAAUUGGAAAUGAGGGAAACAAAUGAGAGGCCACUUCUUUCGACUAUUAUUGGCUCGUCAAAUAUGGCUCAUCCAUUACAUAAGAGUCAAAGUACGGAUUUACCUUUGAGGGAAUUAUCGAGACCUGCUACUGAAAAUGCAAAUGCAAAUGCAAAUUCAAUGAUGAAUGCGAGAGAAUAUCGUGCUGCGGCCGCAAGUGAACCUUUACCUGAUAGAUCGGUUGAGAUUUCAAGUACAAGUACAAUGGAAAAUGGAAAAUCGCAGGGCACGGUGCAUGUUGAACAAUCUUCUGGGGAGAAUGGCAUGGUAGAAGCGUGA